CAGAACUAGGAGAAAGGGGAAGUAGUCUGACAAUAAUUAGCCAGCAGAAAUACUUUUUAGGUCACGAGAAAAUAGCUAUGAAGUUAAUAAAUAGGUGUAGUGUAUAGGUUUAGUAUAAGUUACCUUUAAAAAUCCUACAUUUCCCACAGGAUAUUUUAACAAUUUUCGAGGUCGCCUUCUAAACUUGGGAAAGCGGUGCCUUACUUCCACUCUACAGCCAGACUCAUCUCCUUGUCACCAUGCCGUUCCCCUUCGGGAAGUCUCAGAAGAACCCAGCGGAGAUUGUGAAGAGUCUGAAGGAGAACGUGGCUUACUUGGAAAAGCUGGAUGCGGCAGAAAGCAAAAAAUGUGAAAAGGUUGCAGAGGAGGUGUCUAAGAACCUGUCAUCUCUGAAAGAGGUGCUCUGUGGUUCAGGGGACAAGGAGCCCCAAACGGAGGCUGUGGCCCAACUGGCCCAGGAGCUGUACAACACCAACCUCCUCAUUGCUCUCAUUUCAAACCUGCAGAGGAUUGAUUUUGAGGGAAAGAAGGAUGUGGUCCAUCUGUUCAGCAACAUUGUGCGGCGCCAGAUUGGCACCCGUACGCCCACGGUUGAGUAUAUCUCCUCACACCCACAGAUCCUCUUCAUGCUGCUGAAAGGGUAUGAGAGUGCGGAGGUGGCUCUGAACUGUGGGGUGAUGUUAAGGGAGAGCCUGCGUCAUGAGCCCCUGGCACGCACAAUUCUCUUCUCGGAGGACUUCUACUGCUUCUUCCGCUAUGUAGAGUUCUCCACCUUCGACAUCGCCUCAGACGCUUUCGCUUCAUUCAAGGAUCUUCUCACGAGACACAAGAUUAUGUGUGCAGAUUUUCUGGAGACCAAUUAUGACCGGGUGUUUACAGAAUAUGAGAAGCUACUGCAUUCUGAGAAUUAUGUCACCAAACGGCAGUCCUUAAAGCUCCUGGGAGAGCUUCUUCUGGACAGACACAACUUCACUGUGAUGACCAAGUACAUCAGCCGGGCUGAGAACUUGAAGCUGAUGAUGAACAUGCUGAGAGACAACAGCCGCAACAUUCAGUUCGAGGCCUUCCACGUAUUCAAGGUGUUUGUGGCCAACCCCAACAAGACCCAGCCGGUGCUGGACAUCCUGCUGAAGAACCAGACCAAGUUGGUGGACUUCUUGAGCCACUUCCAGACAGACCGCUCCGAGGACGAGCAGUUCUGCGACGAGAAGAAUUACCUGAUCAAGCAGAUCCGCGACCUGAAGAGGCCCACACCACCAGAGGAGGCAUGAGGGGACAGGCAGGGGGACACCACCAGAGGAGGCAUGAGGGGACAGGCAGGGGGACACCACCAGAGGAGGCAUGAGGGGACAGGCAGGGGGACACCACCAGAGGAGGCAUGAGGGGACAG